AUGAUGUCCUACCUGCAGCCCCCUGGCCGGCCCCUGGAGCGCUUCGAUGGGCUCUCCCUCAUCUACUGGACACUCAUGGGACCAUAUGGGAUGGAUCGAACCGUGCAUUCCUUCGACUUCUACGAGUGUGCAAACGGGCUGGGCAUUAAGGUCAUUGGAGGCAUCAAGGAGCUCACUGGAGAGGAAUAUGGAGUUUAUGUCAAGAGGAUCCUUCCAGGGGGUGUUGCUUAUGCAGACGGGCGCCUGCAGCCAGGAGACCAGAUCCUGGAGGUCAAUGGCGAUUCCCUAAUUGGGGUCACAAGCGAGAGGGCCGUGGACAUCCUGAGGACGGCGUCAGCCACCAGCCACAUGCGCCUUCUGAUAGCCCGCGAUGACGACGCCAGGAGGGAGUUCUCUGAGCUGCUGGAGAAGUUCGGCUCCCAGAGCAACACGGGCUCAGCGCGGAGCUCGCCGGUCCUGCACGGCGGCAGUCGGUACCUGGAGAGCACAUCCUCGGGCUCGUCCUCACGCUCCCAGAGCCCGCUGCUGCUGAGCCCUGCCGCCCCGCACGGCCCCGCCAUCGGCACCCUGCACUCCCCUUUCCAACACUACUCCAUGGACUCAGGAAUCCAGAGCAUUUCUAUAGCAAACUCCUCUGGCUUGGGGCUGGCAAUCAGUGGUGGAUCCAACAGGCCUGAUGGGCCCAUGAUUUAUGUCCAGGAGCUUUUGCCAGAUGGGGACUGUUACAAAGAUGGUCGGCUCCGACCUGGAGACCAGCUCAUCGCUAUCAAUAGAGAUUCUCUGGUGGGCAGCACACAUGAGGAGGCCAGAAAAAUAAUUGAAAAAGCCAAAUUCAGACAUGAGGGAAGCACAGAAGUGGCCUUUAUUCCUGGGAGGGGACGGUUACAUCCCGGACUGUCAGUUCCCAACAACAUCCCAUCCCUGCCUCCAAAGGCUGUGGGCAAUGGCCUGAGCUCCUGCAGGCUGAAGGUCCACGUGAGGUCCCCAGAGAACAGACGUGAAAAUCCUUUUCCUGUGCCUUCUUUGUCACCGGACAUUUGUCCACCAGAGCUUACAGUCUCAGCACCUGCUUCAGCUUCUAACUACAAAUCAGCUUCAGGCAUCAAACCUAAAGUAGCACUGGAUCCCCAUAUCCGGCUCAAGGAUGGAAAAUUGGAUCUGGUUCUGCAGUAUCUUGGUCUGGCUGUGACUGAGGAGAAGAAGAGGCAGCUCCGGCAAAGCCUGACCACGGACUCGCAGGGGACUGUGGCCUAUGGAGAUGUUCUCCAAGCACUCAGGGAUGUGAUGCAGGAGGAGCUGGACGAGGCUGGUCUGGAUUCCAGCUCCAUGCUCUUCACUCAGCAUGAAGUGGCCAAUUUGUUGGAUACAUCAGCUUUUCACUCCCUGACCUUUGACUCUCUGAACUGCAAUGGCAACGAGGACCUGGAGCAGCUGCAGCUGGAGAUGAGGGAUCUGAGGCACGAAGUCCGCAGGCUGAAGUCUCUUCUGAGAGAAGUGGAGAGCAGCAAGAAGUCGAUGGAGGAUGAGCUUCAGAGGCUGAACCAAAAGGCGCUGGGCUUCCUGUCGGAGAACCGGACCCUGCAGAGCAAACUGCAGAUGGCUGAGGUGGUGCAGAGACAGGCUCAGAGUGCCGAGCAGGAUUAUGAGGAAGUGAUCCACCUGCUGGAGGCUGAGAUUGCAGAACUGAAGAUGCAGCUGGCGGGGAAAAAAGCAAAGCACGUCUCUGAAAUAGAGGAGGACAUCCUGGAGCUGAAGAGGCAGCUGUCCCUGGCUGAUGGGCAGCUACGAAAAUCUGAAGUCUCACGGAAGCGCCUGGAGAUCUGCAAUAGGAAACUGCUCCUGUUUGUGCAGAACAUUUACAAGGUCCUGAGCACACACAGUCGUUUACCAGAUGAGAAAAGCGUCAACCAUGAAACAGAAGAGGAUAAAACAGACGCAGUCUCAGACACAUCUCUUCCAUCUUCAGAUCUUGUUGACCUUUUGCUAUCAGAAGCUAAAGAACUGCUAGCUCCAAUCCUCUCCAACAAGGACGCUCUUCCAUGGGACAGGAACCAGUGCCUGCCUGCUGAAGGAAUCCCAAAUUACAAGGACCACCUUCAUCAGAAGACCACAUGGCCCCCUCCUGCAGGCCAGACCAAGAGUGACCAACCACAGCCACCAAGCCCAACGGAACUGCCUGAGAAGCCAACAUAA